GGCGCCCCGUGGCCAAGGAGGCAGAGGCCGCUCCCGGCGCCGGCUCCGGAGAUCUGAAGUCCGCGGGGGCUGCGCCCGGGGCGCCUUCGAACGUCGCAGCCGCCACCCUGCGGGUCAGCAGCGGGAACUCGCUCCAGGACCACGGUUUCCCUUCGCCUGCCGGGGCGAUCGCAACCGGGUUUGCAGGCGGCGGAGCAUCCCCAGCCCGGGCGGGACCGUUGAGCGCCGGAGCCGGCGGCUGGAGGCAGGAAGGGAGGGUCGAGCGCCCGCCCUCCGCGACUAGCCCUGCCCCGGGCGCCCCGUGCGGGUCUCUAACAAUGGUGUGGAGCGCCGGCGCGAUCCCCGCGUCCGCCCAGCGCUCGUAGAGGAAGUGGCCCGGCUCCGGGUGGGGAGGGCAGGGAGACGCCCCCCGCCACGCGCUCGCCGGAGUUGGACCGCGCGCGCGUCCGGCCUCUCCGGCCGCGAGCCCCGGGCCCCCGGGGGGGAUCGCCCACGGCGGCUCUAGCGCGAGAGUAUGGUGCCAGCGCCCGGGUUGAUCUAGUCCCCGGCUUGCUCCUGGGUGCCUCCUCCUCCUCCUCCUUCUCCUCCUCCUCCUCCUCCUCCUCUUCCUCCUCCCCUCCCCUCCCUCCUGCCGGCGCCGCCUCGGCUUCUCGGCCGCGGUGGUCCCACUCUCCGCUGCGUGACCACUGAACGGAACUUGCCCACCGCAAGCCAGCCCGGAACAGCCGGAGAAUGUCCACCCCGAGCAGAUUCAAGAAGGACAAAGAGAUCAUAGCCGAGUAUGAAAGUCAAGUCAAAGAAAUUCGCGCCCAACUGGUGGAGCAACAGAAAUGCCUGGAGCAGCAGACAGAGAUGCGAGUUCAGCUUCUCCAGGACCUGCAGGAUUUCUUCCGGAAAAAAGCUGAAAUUGAGACCGAAUACUCCCGGAACCUGGAGAAAUUAGCAGAAAGGUUCAUGGCAAAAACGAGAAGCACUAAGGAUCACCAACAAUACAAGAAAGACCAGAACCUGUUGUCUCCAGUGAACUGCUGGUACCUGCUGCUGAACCAAGUGAGGAGAGAAAGCAAGGACCACGCCACCCUGAGUGACAUCUACCUGAACAAUGUGAUCAUGCGGUUCAUGCAGAUCAGCGAGGAUUCCACCCGGAUGUUUAAGAAGAGCAAAGAGAUUGCAUUCCAACUUCAUGAGGAUUUAAUGAAGGUUCUUAAUGAGCUUUAUACGGUGAUGAAAACGUACCACAUGUAUCACGCAGAGAGCAUCAGUGCAGAGAGCAAGCUGAAAGAGGCAGAGAAACAGGAGGAGAAGCAAAUUGGGAGAUCGGGUGAUCCAGUCUUCCAUAUUCGACUGGAAGAGCGACAUCAGCGACGAAGCUCUGUAAAGAAAAUUGAAAAAAUGAAAGAAAAGAGACAAGCAAAGUAUUCAGAAAAUAAGCUGAAAUCGAUUAAGGCACGGAAUGAAUAUCUCCUAACACUUGAAGCCACCAAUGCCUCAGUUUUCAAGUAUUAUAUUCAUGAUCUUUCAGAUUUGAUUGAUUGCUGUGAUCUUGGCUACCACGCAAGUCUGAACAGAGCCCUGAGAACAUACCUCUCUGCGGAGUAUAACCUCGAAACCUCCCGACACGAAGGCUUGGACAUCAUUGAGAACGCAGUUGACAAUUUAGAGCCCAGGAGCGAUAAGCAGAGAUUCAUGGAGAUGUACCCUGCUGCAUUCUGUCCACCAAUGAAGUUUGAGUUUCAGUCUCACAUGGGUGAUGAGGUGUGUCAGGUCAGCGCGCAGCAGCCAGUCCAGGCAGAGCUCAUGCUCAGGUACCAGCAGCUGCAGUCCCGACUGGCCACGCUCAAAAUCGAGAAUGAGGAGGUUAAGAAAACGACUGAAGCCACCUUGCAGACGAUACAAGACAUGGUCACCAUCGAGGACUACGAUGUUUCUGAAUGCUUCCAGCACAGUCGCUCCACAGAGUCGGUGAAGUCUACUGUCUCUGAAACCUACCUGAGUAAGCCCAGCAUCGCCAAGAGAAGAGCUAACCAGCAGGAAACCGAGCAGUUCUACUUCAUGAAACUCAGAGAAUAUUUGGAAGGCAGCAAUCUCAUCACAAAGCUCCAGGCCAAGCAUGACUUGCUGCAGAGGACCCUUGGAGAAGGUCACAGAGCUGAAUAUAUGACCACAAGGCCUCCCAGUGUUCCCCCUAAGCCCCAGAAACACAGGAAGUCCAGACCCCGCUCACAGUAUAAUGCUAAGUUGUUUAAUGGGGAUUUGGAAGCAUUCGUCAAGGACUCGGGACAGGUGAUCCCCCUCAUUGUGGAGAGCUGCAUUCGGUUCAUCAACCUCUAUGGUCUUCAGCAUCAGGGGAUUUUCAGAGUGUCUGGUUCCCAGGUGGAAGUCAAUGAUAUCAAAAACUCAUUUGAGAGAGGUGAAAAUCCUUUGGCUGAUGACCAGAGUAACCAUGAUAUUAAUUCUGUGGCUGGUGUUCUGAAGCUCUACUUCCGUGGGCUGGAAAACCCCCUCUUUCCUAAGGAAAGAUUUAAUGAUCUGAUUUCUUGUAUCAGAAUAGAUAAUCUCUAUGAGAGGGCGCUUCACAUCCGCAAACUCCUCCUGACCCUGCCCAGGUCCGUCCUGAUAGUGAUGAGGUACCUCUUUGCUUUCCUCAAUCAUCUUUCACAGUACAGUGAUGAGAACAUGAUGGAUCCUUACAACCUGGCCAUUUGCUUUGGCCCAACACUGAUGCCUGUCCCAGAAAUACAGGAUCAGGUGUCUUGCCAGGCUCACGUGAAUGAAAUUGUCAAAACCAUCAUCAUCCACCAUGAGACCAUUUUCCCAGAUGCUAAAGAACUGGAUGGCCCAGUUUAUGAGAAAUGUAUGGCUGGAGAUGACUACUGUGACAGCCCAUACAGUGAGCACGGUACGUUGGAGGAAGUGGACCAGGAUGCUGGUACAGAGCCCCACACCAGCGAAGAUGAGUGUGAGCCAAUAGAAGCAAUAGCCAAGUUUGACUACGUUGGACGAUCUGCCAGAGAGCUGACCUUCAAGAAAGGCGCCUCACUGCUGCUGUACCACCGCGCCUCCGAGGACUGGUGGGAAGGCCGACACAACGGGGUCGACGGGCUUGUGCCCCACCAGUACAUAGUGGUGCAGGAUAUGGAUGAUGCAUUUUCAGACACUCUGAGCCAAAAAGCCGACAGUGAAGCCAGCAGUGGGCCAGUCACCGAGGACAAGUCUUCGUCCAAGGACAUGAGCUCCCCGACGGACCGGCACUCCGACGGCUACUUGGCCAGACAAAGGAAAAGAGGAGAGCCGCCCCCUCCAGGAAGGCGUCCUGGCAGGACCAGUGAUGGCCACUGCCCCCUCCACCCGCCACAUGCUCUUUCCAACUCCUCAGUUGACCUGGGGUCCCCAAGCCUGGCCAGUCACCCCCGGGGCCUGCUGCAGAACCGUGGCCUCAACAACGACAGUCCCGAGAGGAGGCGCCGCCCCGGCCACGGCAGCCUGACCAACAUCAGCCGGCACGACUCCCUCAAGAAGAUCGACAGCCCCCCUAUCAGGAGGUCCACGUCAUCAGGGCAGUACACAAGCUUCAACGACCACAAGCCCCUGGACCCAGAGACGAUUGCUCAGGACAUCGAAGAGACGAUGAACACCGCUUUGAAUGAGCUCCGAGAACUGGAGCGACAGAGUACAGCCAAGCACGCGCCGGAUGUGGUGCUGGAUACCUUGGAACAAGUGAAAAACUCUCCCACGCCAGCCACCUCCACGGAAUCUCUCAGCCCUUUGCACAGCGCUGCCCUCAGGAGCGCGGAGCCUCAGAUCCGGCGUAGCACUAGCUCCUCCAGUGACACGAUGAGUACUUUCAAGCCCGUGGUGGCACCCAGAAUGGGCGUGCAGCUGAAGCCCCCAGCCCUUAGGCCAAAACCUGCUGUUCUUCCAAAAACAAAUCCUACCAUAGGACCUGCCCCACCUUCCCAGGGUCCGACAGACAAGUCUUGCACGAUGUGAAAACCAGCUGGGCAAGGUCGGAAGGGGAGGCGAUUUUAAAAAGCAAAUGGAUCAGGGACAAAAGUCCGUGAUGCGUAACUUUGCUUAGUUUUGUGCUUAUGACUGGAGAUCGUUUGGCUUUUCUAUGUUGUCAAAUGUCAUGUCUGAGACUAGCUAAAUUAACACGGGCAUUUGUAUUUUGUAAUUUUUUUUAAAUAACUGGACAAAUCUUACGUCAUUUUAAAGACAAUAGAAACACUUAGACUUACUUGAAAAAAAAAAAUCCAAUGCUGCACCACUUGUAAUGAAGGCAACACCGCUCUCUGCAUCAUACAGCGCUUCAGACUUAGUGUAGCUCAGGUGAGUCAGAGACGUCUUGGUCCGAAGGCCGGAGAAUCCCAGUUCCAGGUUCCGGAGGGGCAUAAUCAGUGCCAGCCUGUGGCCCUCAGGGUAAUGGCUGAGAAGUGGCGAAAGCUGCCAUUGUUUGGCAACUGACUGAACACCUCUGAUUGCACACGGAGCUGGGGCCCGGCUCCCACUAAAAGCUUGCAGAUGUCACGGUGGCAUGUGCCCAGUGCGACCCUAAGCCCAUGGCACGAACGUAUUGGAUCACUGCCUUUCCUAACAGCUGCUGCCCGGGUCUAGGUUAAAGGCUCAGUGGAAGGGGGUAGAAUCUCUGCAGUUAUUGCUGGAACCGGACCUAGGAAAGGAGUGGGGAAGACACUGGCCCCAAAGCUAUGGACUGCUCCAUCCGUGAACGCUAUCAGGCCCCAGAGCUUUCCAAGUCCAGCCCUUGCACUUAGAAAGGACUGGAACAGUUUAAUCUUAAGGAUUUUUCUGGUUACUCAAUGCCACAAACUCCUUCAAGGGUCUAUUGCACAAUAACUGCCUAGCAGAUAUUUCUAAAUCCCUGUGGAAAUGGAGCAGUUGCAGCCGAGUCCCUGGUCCACUCAGUGCUCUGCUCCACGUUCCUUGUUUCCUUUAAACACACCACAAGAGCCUGAUGAUGCCAACUUUGAAACCCCAGGGUCCUUGUUCUGUGUCUUGAGCUGGCUGGGGUACUACACAGAGCCAACCUGGGAAGACUGCCUUGUGGGUCCAGGAUGGUUUCCUCCUGAUUUCGUACCUUGGGACCUUGACAUUCUUUCAGUUUUUCUUUUGCAAUGUGGUCUCUGCGUAACUCGCACAGUCAGCUGGGCUCAUCAUUCCUCAACUGAGACCAUCAUUCUCUGGCAUGCUAGUACAUAGACGAUCUUUCAUUAGCCUGUAUUUACACUGUAGUUUCCCUUUCUUAAAACGCUUGCUUCCCAUUCAUUUAUCCUUUGCUAAGAUACAAACACCAUUACCCUACCAGCAGUGGCUGGUAUCAUCUAUAGACCUAAAAGCUUUUUACUGUUCUAUCAUCAAACUUACUUGAUGAAGAAACUUACAAAAAAAAAAAAUGGAUGGCUCAGAACGAACUCCUAUGAACCAUCAUUGAUUUCUUUCUGGUUGGGUUUCAGAUUCGAAGUCUGUUGCCUCCCCAGCCGAGUCAACAUAUUGUGGACUUGACUUCAUCAGCCCAUUGGUAACUACAUUGUGUAGAAAGGAAUUAGGCUGUGUACCCAAGACCAUUACGUUCAUAGCUACCUAUUUGCCAGUCUAAUUUUCUCCUACAGAAAAAUAUUGAGACAUGGUUAUCUUUCAAAGUCAUACCUCCAAGUUCUCAAAACCAUCCUUUUUUACCCACUUUGGGGUCGGGGGAGACGGCCCAGCUCAGCAUCCUCUCCAACCCUGGAUCAUUUCUCUUGAGCUGUAGUUGUCCUUAUGCACCUUUGUACACCAUGGAUUGCCAGCCAGAAAUGAGCUUUGAACAACCCUAACUUUUAGAUAAUCCUCCCAAACUCCCUAGGAAGUUUAAAUUUCCUGAGUAAUCCCCUAGCUCUUUAAAAUAAUAAAGAUUCUUAAGAAUCAUUUUCCUUCUUUGAUUGAAAAGUGAGAUGUUCAAGUAUCAAAAGAGUAGAAGCAUCUUGCAUUUUUCUCGUGUCUUUUUGAAGCUGUAACUUCAGCAUUUCAGAUCUCACUACUACCAGCUCAGUUCUUUAGACUCCUCCCUGCAGUCUUUCUACUUGAGCUGGACCAAGGAUUGCCUUCUGCCCCUCACAUCAGGGCCCUCUGCGGCCUUGCAUGGCAGAGGGCAUGCUGCUGUAGCCCUCCAGAGCCCUAGAGGCUGUGCCUUCUUCAGGAAACGGCUCCCGAUACACCCAGCACUCCCUUACUGUACUGUUCUCUAUCUUUUCUCCCUCUACUCCUGUGGUCACCUGGAGACACUCUCACUUCAGUUGCAAGCAAAGGGUGUGGCGUCAGAUUGAGCAAGGACUUAGUAAGAACUUAGCAGGUCUCAUUGCUUUGUUGAGUCAAAGUCUUCAGAUUCCAAGGACGUGACACGGUGGUCACCACACAAAAGCUCCAGAAUGGCACCCAGCAAAGUUCAUUCAACGCUGCAGCAGCUCAGAAGCCUCACCUGUUCACAGCCUUUACAGUGGCAGGUGCAGCACCCAGAGGGGAGGUGGAAAGGGAGACGGAAGAAAGAAAAAUCAGCCCUGGAGAUGUGAUGUGACGCCCCCAGUUUUAGGGUCUUAGCAGUCUUCAUGUGUGGUCUGGGAAGGGGUCAUUUUGAUGAUGGAUAGAUUAUGGUUCUACAAAGAUCACCUGACUGCACUCACACAAGAAUAUGUAUUCACAGCCGGUAUCACACACGCAUAUGUUCAUGUCCUAUCCACAGAACUCACUCAAGUAGAUUUACCAAGCCGGGCUUUCGGUUUGGGUCAGGGGUUUGGGGAAUGGAUUGUCAUGAUAAAGGAAGGUACUCAGUACACAUUUUCUGAUGAGUGUUGUGUCAGCCGCUUCAACCUUUUGAGGGUGCUUUCUAGAGCUCCACGUUCACGUUUGGUGUCAGCAUCAGCAUUUGCCAGAUUUCCACGUCUUCACACGAUGUAAUCUGACUUCGGUGCCCCUUGAGCCAGCCAGAGUAUUCUCAGUAGGGCCCCAGUUAGUCUAUGACAGUGGUCACAAACCCUUCGCAACAGAUAGAGCGCCCCAAGGGUCAAGUUGUAUCAGUUAUGAGUUUGUACGUUUGCUCUUCCCAAAAUGGGGUUAUAAUUUUAAUUAAAAAAAAAAGGAGUAGGUAGAUAGUGGUAUCCUUAGUAUUUAGGAAUGACAUAGCCUCUGGAGUCUACCAGCUGAGGAAACUUUUAUCAUUACAGCCUCCGAAAUCCAAAGCUAAAGAGCCUAGGCCUCUGUGAGGGAUUUGGAAGACUACAGGCCUUGGGAUGGAGCUUGACAAUUCCUCAUCACAGCGCUGAGAGGCUAUGGAGCAGGAAACAUGCUUGGACUCUUGCUUUCAGUUAUUCACCACAAAGGACCUAAGAGUCAGAUCAGCUUAGGACCGAAGGCUCUGCCCUUGGGUAGCUGCAGCCACACUACGCCAGGAAAUCCCCUGAGCUGAGCCCAGCCUCCAGCUGGGCUGGAGUUUUGGCCUCGGUGCAGGGUGAUGGGCAUAGCCUCAUGAGAUCAGGAAAACAAGCUGGAAUUGGAGCUUUCACUUACCCUAGUAUACUUUAUUUAAAAAAAAAAAAAUAGUCUAUGUGGUAUAAUCAAGAUGGGUACCUGUAUCUUUCAAUUACGUAGGGAAUUUUGUAUGUUUAAAUAAUUGUACUGGGUUCCAUAAUGCUUAUCUUAGAAACUGUUUAGUAAAAGAAAAUAUAUAAACCGUGCGUUUGUGAAUGCCCCCCUUAGAGCAUUCAUCCAAGUUCAAUGUGUAGUGCGAUGGUUAUUAUAGUUACUUAAGUAUAGUAAGUGGCUGUGUAACAGGAGAGACUGCUAUUUACCUACAUACCCACAGGUAACUCCUGCCCACGUAAUUAAAUCAGUAUUGUCCUUUCCUGUCGGUUUGAUCAAUUGCAGUUCUGGUAGCUUCCUGCUUGUGACUGUUACCUAAUUGUGUCAAUGUACAUCUGUAGUAUGUACAUGUGAAAGUGCCUUUCUAUUUUAGAGGAGUUUUAGCCUGGCUCUUGUACUGUCGCCCCAUUCUCUGCCCAGCCCGCCUCUGCCUCCCCCACCUCUCGCUGCCCACUGGAGUGUUUUGAAACGCCCCCUUCUCCCAGCUGCGUCUCCACCCCCACCUUCCCGCGCCUCAGUGCUCGGUGGUGUCUCGUUCUCCAGCCGUGUCCGCCGUCAGACUGUCUCGUCUCCGUAGACGUGGUUUGCGUUCCUCCCUCCUCGCAGUGAGCCCCCGUGUGCUCCCUUCCACGCCCCGCUCACGUGCUGCCGACUGCCAUCUUGUCGCCACGCUCUGUACUGCCUCUUACCAUGACGUUCCCGCCUCUCCGAGGCGAAAUUAAAGGGGAAUACUUUUACAGUUCUGCAAGAAGAAGAAAAAAGCUUUGUUCAUCUGUUGUGACAAUGCACUUUUCUGUACAGUACUGAACAUUUUGGCAUGUACCAUUUCAGGCUUCAGUAUAUGGUCAGGUUUGUUCUUCACGGUGUAUCUUUAUAAUAAAAUAGUUCUGGCUGCCUCU